AUGGGGCUGAGAAUGAAGGACUGUGCAGAAAAAGUGAAGGCCAAUGGGGUGCAUGAGAUUAAGAGAUGCUGGGAGACGAAUGGGAAAUGUGAGAUCAACGGGAAAGCAGUAGCCAAUGGUCAGCCUCAGGGGAAGCAAGAGGCCAGAGGCAAGCUUAUGGCAGACAGCAGCGGACUGCCAGUGUACAGCUGGGAGGAAAUCCAGAAGCACAACCUGCAGACAGACCAGUGGCUGGUGAUCAAUCGGAAGGUCUACAAUGUCACCAAGUGGGCUGACAGUCAUCCAGGAGGUAGCCGGGUCCUCAACCACUAUGCUGGGGAAGAUGCCACGGAUGUCUUCUUGGCCAUGCACCUGGACCAAGCUGUGGUGCAGAAGUACCUAAAGCCCCUGCUGAUUGGGGAACUGGCCCCUGGGGAACCUAGUCAGGAAAAAAACAAGAAUACCCAGCUGGUGGAAGAUUUCAGGGCCCUGAGGAAGACAAUUGAGGACCAGAAAUUACUGGAGCCCAGUCUCCUCUUUUUCUUCACGCACCUCAUCCAGAUUCUAUUUCUGGAAGCUUUGGUUUGGUUCAUACUGAGAAGCUUUGGCAAUGGUUGGCUCAUCACACUGUUUAUUUCCUUUCUACUCACAGUUUCCCAGGCUCAAGCUUCCUUUUUGCAGCACGACACAGGACAUCUCUCCAUAUUUAAGAAGUCCAAGUGGAAUCAUCUCAUGCAUUAUUUCGUGAUGGGGCACCUGAAGGGUAUGUCAGCAAAGUGGUGGAACUAUCGUCACUUCCAGCAUCAUGCAAAGCCGAAUAUCUAUCCCAAAGACCCAGAUAUUGACAUGGGACCACUUUUUGUGCUCGGGGAGUCACAACCAAUCAAGUAUGGCAAGAAAAAAAUCAAGUAUAUUGAUUAUGAAAAGCAGCACCUAUACUUUUAUGUAGUUGGGCUUCCCCUCCUCAUGCCGGUCUAUUUUAAUAUGCAAUCCAUGCAAGUGACAUUCCUUCGGAAGGAAUGGGCGGAACUUGCCUGGAUCAGUAGCUUUUACAUUCGCUAUUUCAUCACAUACAGAUCUUACUAUGGAAUUAUUGGCACUGUACUUCUCAUAUAUCUGGUCAAGUUGCUGGAAAGCCCCUGGAUUGCAUUAGUCACCCAGAUGAGCCACAUUCCAAUGAGGAUGACUACAGAGGAAAACCAGGACUGGUUUAGCACACAGGUUUUGGCCACCUGUAACGUUGAGCAGUCCUUCUUCAAUGACUGGUUCUCUGGACAUCUCAACUUCCAAAUUGAACACCACCUAUUUCCCACCAUGCCCCGCCAUAAUUAUUAUAAAAUCGCACCACUAGUGAGGUCACUAUGUGCCAAGCAUGGAAUUGAGUACGUGAACAAGCCAAUGUUAGAGGCGUUUGGGGACAUUGUCAGGUCACUGAAGAAGGCUGGUGAUCUCUGGGUGAAUGCUUACUACUACACCUGA